CGGAUCAGCUGUGAGUGAGUCUUGGUGGUGUGAGAGACGAGUCAGUCUGGCCGACCACCACACAAACUACUUCACCCAUCCCUUAAAACUUAUCCACCAGCUCUCAGCCACAUCUCAUCCACCUAGGAGCCACCCACCAUCCACCACCAUGUCCGCUGGGUGUUGUGGGACCAAGAAACCGAAGCUCAAUGGCGGCCCUCAGAUGGCAAGGGAGACACAGUCGGGGAUCGAACCACAACCUCUUCGUGCAUCAAUCAGGCAUUGUACCCACUCCACCACGGCCAAGGGACAAAAGUGCGGGUAUCCUUAUGGACAUUUGAACCCCACGCCUGCCCGCAAUCGCGCAAGACGGUCUGCCACUAGACACCUCUGUGCAGAACCUGCUGAUGCCCAAAAGCAGGUUUGUUGCUACAAUGGCACAACACCCACAGCCAACGGAACACUACGUAAUGGUCUCAUCCCCAUAGCCAGCCCUGAGAUGUGUUUCUAUUGCUUUGACGUCUUAUACAGUCACUUGCACAACAUGGAACCUCCCAGCACUCCUGACUUUACCAACGAACCCUUCCCUUUAUUUGUAACGUGGAAAGUUGGCAAGGACAAGCGAUUACGGGGUUGCAUGGGAACGUUUAGCCACAUCAACCUACACGCAGGGCUGAGAGAGUAUGCUGCUACCAGUGCAUUUAAGGACUCCCGGUUCCAGCCAAUUGGGAGGGAUGAGCUACCACGCCUUGGGGUCUCUGUGUCUAUCCUUCGACAUUUUGAAGAGGGUCGAGACUAUAGAGAUUGGGAUAUAAGUGUUCAUGGCAUAAGAAUAGAGUUCCUAAAUGAGCGGGGAGCCAAAAGGACAGCUACUUACUUGCCUGAGGUCGCUCCUGAACAAGGUUGGGACCAUGAGCAAACUAUUGAUUCACUACUCAGGAAAGGAGGUUACAAGGGGCCGGUGACCAGUGAAGUGCGACGCAACAUAAAGUUGACUCGUUACCAGAGUGAAAAGAAAUCCGUUACCUUUCAAGAUUACAUGAGCUACUGGAGAAACCGUCGUUGCUAGCAUUCGCUGAACCUUAGGGAUGGAAGAUGUGGGAGUGUUGAUCUUGGGAGUGUGAGUGGUGGGGGUAGAGGUGGAGUCCUUGCCCGGGGCACUGAUGUUUGUGGGGCCCCAGAACCUCAUAACAACCACCAUGGACAGUAUCCUCAACCCCCUUAUCACCACUACCACCUUAAUAAUCAGGUGAUGGCCCACCACAACAACAGCCAUCAGCUUCUUGCUCACAACAACCAUCAACAUCUCCACUACCAUCAUCACCACAAUCCCAGGUCCCCAUCUCCCCUCCACCUCCACCAUUACUCCGCUAGAGGCAGCAGUAGUAGUAGCAGCAGCAGUAUCAACAGCAGUGGUAGAGCCUCUGCCACUAUCACCACCACAACUACCAAUACCAACACUCCACCACUGGGUUUUGACUCGGUGGGUAACUCAGGGCUCGGCGCAUCUCUCUUGUGUGUCACCACCUCAGGGCAUAAUGACUUUGCUCUGUGCGGCCCUCCAGCUCAAGAUAUUGCAUUGAUGAAUCAUGGAGGGUGUCCUGCGUGGUGUUCUCACCGCGGGGGCACACCAGAGGGAGAAGGAUGCUUGGACGGCCUACGCAGAGUAUCCAACAGGCUGGCAGACUUUCUUAGGGGCCUUUUUAAUUCUUGAUGGUUGGUUUUAGUUAUUUUAGCUUAUUAUUUGUUUAGUGUUGAGUGUCAUCUGUCUUAAGUUUGGUCCAGAACUUAAUUUUGCAAUUUUAUAACAAUUUUGUAUGGAUCCAGGUCUUUCCAUUGAACCUGGGAAUAAUGCUUAAGAAAAAACUAUGUAUUCAUUUGCCCAACACAGAAAGAGUGCCAUUACUUCAUCUCAUGCCUGAUCUGAAAUCAAAUACUCAUGCUCAAAAUCAAGAUGAGCUGGAUACUACAAAGAUAAAAGAAUCAGUGUUAUUGAUAGUCAUAACUGGCUGCAGGCAGAGUUUAGUAUUCAAAGUAAGGAAUUGUUGGAUAUGUGACUUAAUAUUAACAGUGAGAUCGUGGGUGUUAAGCCAUAGAAGAUGAAGCCCUCUAGCGGUCAUCAAGAUCUAUGUGAGUGUGUGGAGUUUGGAAAAGUGGUCAGCUCACUUUGAUAAUAAGCACAUUUGCUUAAACAUCGAUGGUGAUUGUAACUCUGUUUUUCAUUUAUCAUUAUUAUUAUUAUUAUUAUUUAUUUUUUAUUUUUCUUGUAUAUUGUUUCUUAAGCAAGUCACCGAGCCCCGGGCUGGCCUUCCCACUCCCGUCCGCGUGUGUUGUGAUCAUCGGGCAUGUUUGUAGCCCAUCCCACACCAGUCUUUCACGUUCAGCGGCUGACAAAACUCUCACAAGAUUGAUGAGCCUCCAGUUUAACUCCAUCUAAAAUGUCUACAUUGGACAGCAAGUACGAUGUAAAAUAUAGAUUUUUUAUGUUGAUGACAUAUUAUAUUGCAAACAGUUCAAUACUGGUGGUUGAUGAACCAUAUGUGAAUGGUGCAACAUAGAGCUACUCUUAAUACUCAUCAAAUGAGGUUUGUUCGCCGCUAAUUUUUUAAUAUCAGACUGCCUAGUCGUGAGCAAGGUGUCUUGUGCUGCUCAUUCGUUACUUACUAUUGAACGAUCUCAUGUACAGUGUUGUUGACAAAGAAAACUUAUUUAACACACAUUUUAUACAAUAAUUACAAUACAGUUCAUAUUUGUGUAGAUGGGAAUGCUGUAUCUUGCAAAUAAUUGUGACAACAAGUGGUUAGAAUGAUAACUGACCUUUCCCACUACAAUUUAUAAUGCGAACACCUCCUUCUUAGCUAACUUGGCAAGAGGUUACCAAACUUACCAAGUGCAUCUCAGUGAUAACAUGUGAUAGACUAUACCAAAGGUGGCUUGAAACAACUGUGCAGAGUGCCAAGGAAGAGAGACAGUGGCACCAAUCUCACCUCUGUUAUCUGAGAGUGAUUAUGCCUCAUUUACCCAUUACCAUUAAGAGUUGAGGACUACGAGGACAGGUAGUGUAUCAUUGGUUAUCCAAUAAUUAAAAUCUCAGGAUGUUUAAGAGUGGGAAUCAACAUUCC